UCUCGAAUAGUCUAGAACGCAGGAGGCUAUAUAAGCAACCGAACAAACACGAAUCGCUCAGAGUUGAAAAAGCAAGCGCUAAGUGAAGAGUUACAAAAGCGAUAAAUUUUCCAAAGCGAUUUUUUAAAGUGAUUUUUGAGUGUGUGCAUUAAUUUAAACAAGAUGCCUGAAGAAAACCAGAAUGGAGAUGUCGAAACCUUCGCCUUCCAGGCGGAAAUCGCCCAGUUGAUGAGUCUGAUCAUCAACACCUUCUACUCAAAUAAAGAAAUCUUUCUCCGGGAAUUGAUUUCUAAUUCUUCAGAUGCGUUGGAUAAAAUCCGUUAUGAGUCCUUGACCAAUCCUUCUAGACUAGAUUCGGGCAAAGACCUCUACAUCAAGAUCAUUCCUAACAAAAAUGACGGGACCUUGACCAUUAUUGAUACCGGUAUCGGUAUGACUAAAGCCGAUUUGGUUAAUAAUUUGGGUACCAUCGCCAAAUCCGGAACCAAAGCUUUCAUGGAGGCCCUUCAAGCCGGUGCUGACAUCAGCAUGAUUGGUCAAUUCGGUGUUGGUUUCUAUUCGGCUUACCUAGUCGCUGAUAAGGUCACAGUCGUGUCGAAACAUAACGAUGAUGAGCAGUAUGUUUGGGAAUCUUCAGCUGGAGGUAGUUUUACCGUGACACUAGACCGAGGCGAACCGUUGGGCCGUGGCACCAAAAUUGUCCUUCACAUGAAAGAAGACCAAACUGAAUUUUUGGAAGAACAUAAAAUUAAAGAAAUUGUGAAGAAACACUCUCAGUUCAUUGGAUAUCCGAUCAAAUUGGUUGUGGAGAAAGAACGGGAGAAGGAAUUGAGCGAUGAUGAGGCCGAAGAAGAGAAGAAAGAGGAAGAAGCUGAAGAUAAAGAUAAAGACAAACCAAAGAUUGAGGAUGUAGGCGAGGAUGAAGAUGAAGAUACCAAAAAGGAAGACAAGAAGAAAAAGAAAACAAUUAAAGAAAAAUAUACAGAAGAUGAAGAAUUAAACAAAACCAAGCCGAUUUGGACCAGAAAUGCUGAUGAUAUUAGUCAAGAAGAAUAUGGGGAAUUCUACAAAUCGUUGACUAAUGACUGGGAAGAUCAUUUGGCCGUCAAACAUUUCAGUGUUGAAGGUCAAUUGGAGUUCCGUGCCCUCUUGUUUGUUCCACGUCGCGUACCAUUCGAUCUCUUCGAAAACAAAAAACGUAAGAACAACAUUAAAUUAUACGUCAGGAGGGUUUUCAUCAUGGACAACUGCGAAGAACUCAUCCCUGAAUAUUUGAACUUCAUUAAGGGUGUUGUCGACUCGGAAGAUUUGCCUUUGAACAUUUCCCGUGAGAUGUUACAACAAAAUAAGAUCUUGAAGGUUAUUCGUAAGAAUUUGGUGAAGAAAUGCUUAGAAUUGUUCGAGGAAUUGGCCGAAGAUAAGGACGGCUACAAGAAAUUCUAUGAACAAUUCUCCAAGAAUAUUAAAUUGGGUAUCCAUGAAGAUUCGCAAAACAGGGCCAAAUUGUCUGAAUUGCUCCGUUAUCACACUUCUGCAAGUGGCGAUGAGGCUUGCUCUUUGAAAGAAUACGUGAGCCGCAUAAAGCCUAACCAGAAACACAUCUACUACAUCACUGGUGAAAGUAAGGAGCAAGUGGCCAACUCGUCGUUUGUUGAGAGGGUCAAGAAACGCGGUUUCGAAGUCGUUUACAUGACUGAACCCAUCGAUGAGUACGUCGUCCAACAGAUGAAAGAAUUCGAUGGCAAAACCCUUGUCUCAGUUACAAAGGAAGGUCUCGAAUUACCUGAAGAUGAAGAAGAGAAGAAGAAACGUGAAGAAGACAAAGCCAAAUUCGAGGGACUUUGCAAGGUGAUGAAGAGUAUUCUCGACAACAAGGUCGAGAAGGUCGUGGUGUCGAACCGUCUAGUCGAAUCUCCAUGCUGUAUUGUGACGUCACAGUAUGGUUGGACUGCCAAUAUGGAACGUAUCAUGAAAGCCCAAGCUUUGAGAGAUACAUCCACCAUGGGUUACAUGGCCGCUAAGAAGCACCUUGAGAUCAAUCCCGACCACUCUAUUAUCGAGAAUUUGAGGCAGAAGGCCGAGGCUGAUAAGAAUGACAAGGCUGUUAAAGACUUGGUCAUCCUUUUGUUCGAGACUGCCUUACUUAGCUCUGGUUUCACCUUGGAUGAGCCACAAGUCCACGCGUCUAGAAUCUACAGAAUGAUCAAGUUGGGCUUGGGUAUUGAUGAAGAGGAAGCCAUGAUUACAGAAGACGCACAAGGAGGUGAUGCACCCUCUGCUGAUGCUGCCGAGUCGGAAGACGCGUCUAGGAUGGAGGAAGUUGAUUAAGUGUUCUGAUGUUAGGACAUGUGUUCUAGUAUGUUCUAAAUGUCAUUCCUAGUGUUUUUUUUUUAUAUUUCUAAUUAUUUUUAUAAAAAAUGAAGUAUUAUUUUGGCGGCCUGUUGCCGUGUUAACACCUGUUAAGUCUGAUUUCGUUUUUUGUGAAUAAAUUAUUGCUCUAAUAAA